CGUUCAUCAAUCCUAACCAUUAAACACCGGCCGUAAAAGAAUGGACACGCUUCUCUCAAGUUCGCCGUCUGUGGUGGUCCAGUCAUUCCUCUCUCCGGUUCGCACAAUUGCUUCCCCAUCUAAGCUACAUUCCACCGUCGCAACCUUCUCUUCCACUCCUCCGGUCAACGCCGGCUUCCGAAGGAACCACCUCCCACUCCUACGACCGUUUACUUCCUCCACGACUCCUAAUUUCUCGAUUCGGUGCGGUGCAGGCGUUAAGGAAAUUACAGAGAGCGAGUUUCCGAGCACGGUGUUGGAAUCCAGCCGUCCGGUUCUCGUCGAAUUCGUUGCCACUUGGUGCGGACCUUGCCGCUUAAUCUCUCCCGCCAUGGAAUCCAUCGCUCAGGAAUAUGGAGAUAGAUUAGAGGUCGUGAAAAUCGAUCAUGAUGCAAAUCCACAAUUGAUUGAGGAAUACAAAGUUUACGGAUUGCCGACGUUGAUAUUGUUCAAGGAUGGGCAGGAAGUGGCAGAAAGUAGGAGAGAAGGUGCGAUUACAAAGGCCAAGCUUAAAGAGUAUGUUGAUUCUCUCUUGGAGACAAUUUCUGUUGCUUAACAUUUUUUUAUUUGCCCUCUUUGGGAGCAUGUUUGAUAUUUAUUGUAUAAUUUGUGAACUAUAAAAUACCUGGAAUUAAUUUCUUGUGAUAAUUGAGUAAAAUUGAAUGCUACAUUGCUC